GCUGAGGCCAGAUCCCGGCCAGCACACAGGACUUGUGGAGUGUGUCGCCUCCAAAUUUCCACACUGAUUUUUUUUUUUCUCAUGUGGGGGCAACAGGAGAAUCACCGUUCAGCUCCUUCUCAUAUGGCAGAACAUAAGGAAUGCACACCUGCGCAUUUAAACACUAGCUGUUCAUAAUUGGCUGACCCUGACACCAGUUUCAAGAUGGCCCACCUCUUCCUCGCCAGUAAGAUCACCAUGCCGGAUGACCUGCACUGCAAAGGCGCUCCCAGGAUGCCCAAAAGCGCCAUGAAGGUGCCGAUGUCCAUUUCUGCGGAGAAGCUGGCCAGAGACAAGCCCAAGAAGGACCGCAGUGUCGUCGUGACGACCGUCCCGCUCAUCAACGAGGUGCAGCUGACGGCGGCCACCGGCGGCGCGGAGAUGUCCUGCUACCGGUGCACCGUGCCGUUCGGCGUGGUCAUCCUCAUCGCCGGCGUCGUGGUCACAGUGGUGGCGUACACCUUCAACUCGCACGGGUCCACCAUCUCGGUGCUGGGGCUGGUGCUGCUGUCGGCCGGGCUGGGCCUGCUGGGCUCCAGCGCCAUCUGCUGGAGGGUCCGACUGAGGAAGAAGAAGGACAAGCGGCGGGAGAGCCAGACCGCGCUCAUGGCGAGCCACGGAUACUGCGUGGCCUGAUCGCCAAAGCAACCACAAAGGAUCCUGCUGAUGGGAACUUUAAGGUCCCAGAGGAAGAGUCCAAGUUGAAGCUCCUUUUAUCGCCACAGAGCCGACCAGGUGUAUCUCAUUUCAGCGCAGAUGAUAUUCACAUUUACAACACACAGUAAAUCCAAAGUGACAGUGGACACUAAAAUCACAACAUUACCAUACAAUACCAAACGUGGUAUUACCAGUGCAAGUUACAGACAAAGAGCUUGAACUGCAGCUGAAGGAUCGGACAAUGAAACAUUUGGUGAUGCCUUAAAGGGAUGGUAAA